AUUUCCGAAACAUAAUAAUAAAACACACGCCUUUUAUGUUGGAAGCAAACGACACACAAAAAGGAACCUCAAAGCCCAGACGUUAAUCCCCGCCGUAACAACCCCGCUUUCUCCGGCGGUGUCCGAGCUUCCUCCGCCACGAAGCUUGACUAAGAUUCCCGUAGGGUGACUCUGCGUUUCUCUUUCUCUUCAUCACAGUUUUUUUUGCUGAACUCACAGAUGUCAAAUUCAUUGGAAGAGCCAAUAGAAGAUGAUACCUCGGACUCUGUUCCUCACUUGAGGGAAGAUAAUGAAUCUGUUCGGCUAGUUGUUGUAACCCAUGAAGCUUCUUCUCAACCUGAAACCGUAUCUCAAUCAGAAGAGAUGCAGAGUAGAAACUUGAUGUGGUGGUUUAAAGCUUUGUGUCUAUGUGCACUUACUCUCUUGCUCACUCUUGUCUUCGCCAAAUGGGGAGUUCCCUUUGUAUUCCAAAAGGUUCUUAUUCCGAUCUUACAAUGGGAAGCAACUGCAUUCGGCCGUCCUAUGCUCUUCAUUGUCCUCCUUCUUUCCUUAGCCUUGUUCCCCGUCUUCUUGAUCCCUUCUGGUCCAUCCAUGUGGUUAGCCGGGAUGAUUUUCGGUUACGGUCUCGGUUUCGUUAUCAUCAUGGUUGGAACCACUGUUGGCAUGGUUCUUCCUUACUUAAUCGGCCUAAUGUUUCGUGAUCGCCUCCAUCAAUGGUUAAAAAGAUGGCCUCGUCAAGCAGCUGUGCUUAGACUAGCUGCAGAAGGGAGCUGGUUCCAUCAGUUCAGAGUCGUGGCUAUCUUUCGGAUCUCGCCGUUUCCUUACACCAUCUUCAACUACGCGAUCGUUGUUACAAGCAUGAGGUUCUGGCCUUACUUGUUCGGUUCCAUAGCAGGAAUGGUACCUGAAGCUUUCAUCUACAUUUACAGCGGACGGUUGAUCAGAACAUUCGCUGAUGUGCAAUACGGACAUCAACGUUUGACAACGGUAGAGAUUGUGUACAACGUAAUCUCCUUGAUCAUUGCGGUUGUGACUACUGUAGCUUUCACUGUGUACGCUAAAAGGGCUUUGAGGGAGCUGCAAAACGCAGAUCCUAAUGAAAGUGGAGAAGUUGAGGUAAGGAAUGAGGCGAGGUUUGAGAUGAAGAACGUUGUUCAACAUGAAGAUAGUCAUCGGGGUUUGGGUUCUUCUCAUGCAUUGCCUUAACUGAAAACUCUCACUAAUGAUAGAUUUGUAUAAAGCUUAAUGUUGAUUUGUUAUUCAGCAGGAGUAAGAAGUAAAUAACAAAAAAAAAAAGGAAUAUCCGAAUAUUUCUGAUGUAGUAAACCAGGAAGACUAGUCAAAGUUUGUAUUGUAAACAAUAGUGUUGCUGAUUCCAGUUACUGAAAUAAAUACGAAGCAACUAA